CGGUUUUUUCUUCGUGGCGACUUCACGUUCUGUUGAUUAGUCUUUCUGACCGCUGUAUUCAACUACCUGCAAUAAUUUAUUAGUUCCCACAGCUCACUUAUGAUGGAGUAUAUAAAUUUGUAGAUCAAUCAAAUCACAUAUAACUUUGCAAAUCGAUCAAAUCACAAUUUAGUAAUUGGUUCAGUUAAUUUCCAUGGAUUCGGGGCUUGCUAUAUCUUCUCCUAAACCUUAUUCAGUGAUCACAACUGGUUCUUAUGCAUCAAAAGCUUCGCAGCACACAAAAAAAACUCAAAUAAAAUAUAAUUUGAAGCGGGUACAACAAUUAAGUUUGGGCCAUCGUUACAAAUGCAUUGAAGGAGGGUUUGCAUAUCAAGAAUGCAAUAGAAAGUAUGUUGUGCAAGCAGUCCCUGAAUCAUCUUUUGAUUCUGAACCUCAUACUUCCAAUCCUCAAAUCAUUUUGCACUCUGUCAAAGAUUUCUUAGCUACUUUAUGCACACUUUCCUAUCCAUAUGCAAUGAUUGGCUUAGCAUUAUGUGCACUUUCUUCGUCUCUCCUUGCAGUGGAAAAACUAUCAGACAUAUCUCUAUCAUUUUUUGUUGGUGUGUUACAAGCUGCGGUACCUCAAUUGUUUUUCGCAAUUUAUAGUAAUGCUCUAAAUCAAGUGUCUGACCUUGAAAUAGAUAAGAUAAACAAACCACAUCUUCCAUUGGCAUCCGGGCAAUUAUCCCUUAAAACUGUUGUCAUCAUUGCUGCGUCAUUUUUAACUUUGAGUUUUUGGCUUAGCUGGAUAGUAGGUUCAUGGCCUUUGAUUUGGAAUCUUGUAUUGAUUACUUCAAUAUGGACCGCUUAUUCAGUCAAUGUACCCUUCUUGAGAUGGAAGAAAAACCCAAUACUCGCGGCAAUGUGCAUGGUUUCAUCUUGGGCAUUUGUAUUGCCAAUUACAUUUUUUCUUCACAUGCAGACUUUUGUGUUGAAGAGGCCAAUUGUCUUUCCAAGAUCACUUAUUUUGGCUAUUGUAAUCAUGAACUUCUUCUUUGUGGGUAUGGCAUUGGCAAAGGAUAUACCUGAUGUUGAAGGAGAUAAAAUAUAUGGCAUUGAUACUUUUGCAAUACGUAUAGGUCAAAAACAAGUAUUUUGGAUUUGUAUUUUCCUUUUUGAAAUGGCUUUCGGAGUUUCCCUAGUGGCAGGAGCAACAUCUUCUAGCCUUUUGGUCAAAAUCAUCACGGGUGUGGGGAAUGCUGUUCUUGCUUCAGUUCUCUGGUUCCAAGCCAAUUCUAUAGAUUUGAGCAGCAAAACUUCUGGUGGAUCCUUUUAUAUGUUGAUCUGGAAGCUAAUGUACGCAUCAUACUUCCUCGUGGCUUUAAUUAGAUAAAAAUGUAACAGAAGGUUAAAGCAGUGAAACAACAAAAACUAUAGCGAUAUAUGUUUUCCCGGAUAUUAUUUCUUGUAUCAUUAAUAUUUUUCUUUAAUUGUGUAAAGACUUCUUGUGUAUUUACACAGAGACUUCGAUCUAUUGUUAAACAUUUCAUAAAUGGAACAGCUUGUUAUGCUGAA